AUGAAGCUGUCUGCUAUUGCACUUCUGGCUUUGACCUCGGGCAUCGCUGCCGCCCCGGCACCUAAGGCUGGUAAGGACGUUGAUCGUCACGACUACAAGCCUCCCAAGGACCACUACAAGCCUCCUGCCGAUUACAAGCCUCCCAAGGAUCAUUACAAACCUCCUACUGAGUAUAAGCCUCCACCAAAGGACUAUCACAAGCCGCCCAAGGACCACUACAAGCCUCCUUCUGAGCAUAAGCCUCCUCCCAAGGACUAUCACAAGCCACCCAAGGACGAAUACAAGCCUCCUUCUAAGGACUAUCACAAGCCGCCCAAGGAUACCUACAAGCCUCCCAAGGACGAAUACAAGCCUCCUCCCAAGGAUCACGACAAGCCUCCCAAGGAUACCUACAAGCCUCCCAAGGACGAAUACAAGCCUCCUCCCAAGGACCACUACAAGCCUCCUUCUGAGCAUAAGCCUCCUCCCAAGGACUAUCACAAGCCACCCAAGGACGAAUACAAGCCUCCUUCUAAGGACUAUCACAAGCCGCCCAAGGAUACCUACAAGCCAUCCCACUAA